UUUCUCUGAAGAAACGUUUAAAAAAUUUCACUAUUUUGUAUAAUGGAGAUUACUUCAAUAUUCAUGUACACGGCUUUGGCUGUAAUUUUCAUCCAGAUGAAUUCAAUCAGCUGUCGAUAUGCUGAAAUGGACAACUUGGCAGCCCCUGAAACCAAACCCGAAUCUUCACAACCAUCGCAUAAAAUCAUUUCCACAUCACUCAUAGGCGAUCUAAAUAUUGAUCCUUUACCACCAAACGUCUUCCCAUCUUCCACGCGUAAUAUCCUAACACCCGAAGUAUUCUCACAAGCUGAUCCAGUCGCUUAUUUCUUGGCCAAAACAUCCAACUUCUCCCAAGACGAAAUCCAGUUACUAGGUCUCGAAGUAGACUACUAUUUUACCAGAAAUCAAUUUCCUCGACCAUAUUACUACACAUACGCCGCAGUCUUGACAUCAAUUCUAAAAUGCCUAACUAUGCUUCAUAACGUACGGUGGUCCAUAGAAACCAUUCAACAGCCAACCAGAUCUAUGACUUUCACAAUGGCGGAUAUUUCGUCUCCCCAUCCAGAAUUAUCGAUGCUUUUUACACCCGAUAUUUUUGCGGAUGCCAAUCCUCCAUCGGUUGUUUUGAAAAAACUGCUUGAAAUACCCGAAAAUGAAAUGCCCAAGGUGAUGUUACGAUUGAAGGAACUAAUGAAUGGCAGGUCAUCAGGUAAAACUGUUAGACUGUGCCACAACUAUAUAAAAUAUUUGUCGGAAUUUUUAGACCUAUGUAACAAAUAUGCGCUGAGAAGUUUGAGAAUCAGAAUUACCAGAAUGCAGGAAUUUAUUUCCACGUUAAAAUCGAUAGUUAUUGUAAAGUGAGAAUUUUUAAAUGAUAACUCUCGAUGAAAGUGACGUGUAAAUUGUA